AUGUCUUGGGUACAUCAAAUCGUAUUGCGGGAACCGUGGCUGGGGGCGCUGUGCUGCUGCUGCUCGCUGGCCGCCGCGCCGUUGGCCGCCGCCGCCUGCCGCCGGCGCUCCGCGCGCCUCGCCGCCGUGCUGGGCGGCCUCGUCAUGGCGCUCGCCUGCCUCUUCGCCUCCUUCGCCGUCCAGCUGCACCAGGUGGCGCUGUCGUACGGCGUGGUGCUGGGCGCCGGCGCGGGGGUGGUGCGCGAGGCGGCCGCGCUGGUGCUGGGCCACUACUUCCGGCGCCGCAGGGAGUUCGUGGAGAUGGUGGCGCAGGCUGGCGCGGGCGUCGGCCUCGCGCUCUUCUCCGUCGUCUACAAGGAGGCGCUCGGG